CAAGACAAACCCCAUUCUGUCGGUUCGACACAACGUCGAGAGACCGACAGAAAGGGAACUGAAGGUAUGCAGUGACAGAAAGACUCAGACUUUAUUCCACAUGUAACCAAAAUCGUAAAUAAAAUAAAUAAAACUCCUUUAUUAUUUUGGAUUGGCAACCACGUAAACACAUCGUAAUGCAUAGCGUAAGCUACAUUUUAAAACAUCAAAAUACACCCGCCGUGAACUGUUAAAUGAAAAACACAAUGUAGCCUACAAAAAUAUGCCGCCAGUUGUGCCGCCUGGCCGUCAAUUGUUUCAUCGCAUGCAUGAUGCCAAUAGUGUCGGGAAACCGUGACGUUUUCUACUACGUAAUUACGCGCAUGCGCAGAACGGAUUGUGCAGGCAUCCUGGAACGUGUACUGACACGGGGGACAGAAUCAUCUUUAUCUGAAAGCGCGAGGGACAUAUCCCCCUCGUAUUCUACACCCAUGUCCCCACCCCUGAAACAAACGUCACUGGCGCAAAAGCAAAUCGUACUAAAAUGAAUUAAUAUAAUUUUGCACGAACUGAUAUGAAUUAUCCAAAACUAGCCAACUCGUAAAAUAGUUUUUGCCGUGAGAUUGUGUUGGUUUUUAAUAUAUAAUGAAAUACGACAUUUAUAUUGUGAAGACUUCAUGGUAUAAUGAUUUGAGUAACUUCUCUAGAACUGUCAUGAGAAGGUGUCUUAAGAAGAUACACUGGCCACCCCAUUGGUCCCCCAACCAGAAAGACAUUUUCUUUAUUAUAAUACUAUUAUUAUUUUACUAUAAAAUUAACGUGGAAUUUGACGAAGCACCAUUAAAAAUGUGUACAAAACUUGUAUAAUGUGUUAUUUGUACUGUAGAAUACAAACUCAACCCCUCCCCCUCUCCUUUACCCGCGAUGUUGCGACUACGUGCACACACACGCAGUCGCAAUACCACAGCAAGCACGUCCUGUUCGGUCCUGUUCAGCCACUGAAACUUCAGAGUUUCAUGAAAGGAGUAAGGUGGGAGACGAAACUCAUAAGUAAAUUGUAUCAAGUUCAGAUAAUCACCUUUAAUGCUAGGCUGUAACUCGCCCAAAAACUAAAAGAAGAAGCUCAGAUAAUGCGUUACUGUUUGGCUAGCUGAGAUUAGGCUAGUCGCGAAGGCAUUUUUGGAUUUCAAUUUUGCUCACAUGUUGACCGAUCACUAUUAAAAGUAUAAGAAAUAGUUUUCCUGAUUUGAAGAACACUUGUCUAGCUGUCGGUAAAUCUGCCAAAACCUUUCUUAUUCCCACUAACACACAGAUGUGUAUGUUCUUAUUUACUUGAGCAAUGGCAGAUGAAAGCAGCAAAUGGACAGACAGAUCCAUACUUGAUCUUUCACCUCGCUCAAGAUCAUUUGAGAAUGUGACUGCAUUUGAGAUACCAAUUUAUGCCAAUAGUGGAAUCCCGUCUGAUUGAAACACGCACUUAAAAACAAAGGUGCUUCACUGCAAUGCCAUAGAAAAAAAAUGUUUUUGGUUACCCAAAGAAGCAUUCUUUACCUUUCUAUUGUCUGAGGAACCGUUUUGCACUACAAAGAACCUUUUGUGGAACAGAAGGAUUCUAUGUAUGUUAACGGUUCUUUAUGGACCCAUACAGCCAAAAAUGGUUAUUUUGUGGCAUUAUGUAGCACCUUAUAUCAUUAUGAGUUGUGUUAUUGCGUAAACAAUGAUAUUUCUGCAAGUGACAACUGUAUUCUUCAUUCCCAGCAUGUAUUCACACAAAGCAGACGUUGGCAGAGCAAAGGUUGUGGGGUCAAUACACACACUGAUAAUAUGUACGGUAUAGCUUCAAUAUGCUGUAGGAUGUUUUGGAUGAAAGCAUCUGCCAAAUGCGUAAAUGUACUUUGUCAAUAAAUGACUAUAAACUCAAGUGGGAUGAUUGUUUUUUUCUUAGUUGACAGUGCUGAUGUCUGGGCUAUUUCUUUAAAAAUGAUGAGUAUUUAAGAUAGCUGUGCUCGUGUGCUCAUUAAAGCUCUUUAAAACGGAUCGCAUGAUUUGAAUAAAGCCACAGUUUUUUUUUCAUUUUAUUCUGGGUUUUAGUCCACAUGACACAGUUCAAAUUGCACAUUUCUAUGAAACAGAGAUUCACAUUGGACAGAUGAGAAAGAGUGGAGAUUCGCAGUACUGUUGGUUUACUUGACUGUGCACACAUGGCUUGCUGGCCUACGGCCACGCUCACAGGAAUCAGGUCACAAGCUCAUCACAGAGGACAACAGCCAAAUCAAACUGUGCUGCUUUACUGCUGUAAAUUAUGAGGACUUUUGUGAAUGUUUGGUUAUGAAAUGGACAUGAGUUGCAUUAGCAGUUCAUGACACAUCUCAGAUGGAUUCAAUUUGUUGUCUUUCCGUUCAAAAAUCACUGAGCCAGCAAGAAGCAGGCUUUUUUACUCUUCGCACGUGGAUUUGCCUGUUUAGCAUUCUCUAUGUGACCACAUACUAAAACAAUAACAUUUUCUUUCUCGUUUUCCUACAGUUUUUUACAUCUCUAUUGCUUGUUCACGCUUUACAACAAUGCAAAACUGUAUCGAGCUUUACCGAAAGAAUUACAGUAUGAAUUGAAACGCACAGGCAUGUCAGUACACGUUUAGUCUGAAGUCUUAACAUAGUAACAGAGUUCCAUCAGCACUCAUCAAUGUAUGGAUUUACUCCAGUCAAAUAUCUAAGCUCUUACACAGCUCUGUUGUGAAGUGUAUCUGUCGCUGAUCUCCGGGAAAUUUCUGUGCAUCGCGACAUGAAAACGAUCGAACUCACCUUGCAGUCGGGCGCCGGGCGAUGGGCGGGGCAUUCACGCCAUUGGUCGAAGGUGCGAAGUGAAGCUCUCGUGAAGUAUAAACGAGGUGAUCGAGCGGGUGUGGGUGCGCUUGGAGAUGACGAUGAACUUCAUCAGAGAGAUGCUGCCUCAGGCCUUAAGGAUGUCCGGCAGGUGCAUGUCUUCUGCGCUUAGGUGUGUGGACAGAUGGCCCGACGUCAUUCUUCACGAGCAGCUGAAGACACUGGAUGAGAUGCCGGGACCAUCCACCGCAGGCUUUGUCUGGGAUCUGUUCUUCAGACGCGGAUUCACGCGCCUCCAUCAGCUGCAGCUGAAGGGCAAGAGGCAGUACGGGCCCAUGUGGAAAGCGAGGUUUGGACCCAUCCUGACGGUUCAUGUGGCAGAAGCAGAACUAAUAGAGCAGGUGCUCAGACAGGAGGGUCAGCAUCCCAUGCGCUCGGACCUCUCAUCCUGGAAGGACUACCGGCAGCUCAGAGGACAUGGAUACGGACUUCUGACCGCUGAGGGGGUAGAAUGGCAGAAUGUGCGAAGUCUGUUGGCCAAACACAUGUUACGGCCUAAAUCUGUGGAGGCGUAUGACGGCACAUUGAACUGUGUGGUGGAUGAUCUCAUAGAGAAAUUAAAGCUACGCAGACAAGAGAACUCUAGCGGCCUUAUCACAGACAUCUCAGCUGAGUUCUACCGCUUCGGUCUGGAAGGAAUCUCGUCUGUGCUGUUUGAGUCCAGAAUUGGCUGUCUAGAGCCAGUCAUUCCCAUGGAAACGGAGCGUUUCAUUCAGUCCAUCAACAGCAUGUUUGUCACGACUCUUCUCACUAUGGCUAUGCCUGCAUGGCUGCACAGGCUCUUUCCCAGACCAUGGGACACCUUCUGCCGCUGCUGGGACUAUCUCUUUCAGUUCGCAAAACUGCAAAUUGACCAGCGUCUUGAGGAGGAUACCGAGAAAAUGGCACGAGGAGAGACAUUAGAGGGACGCUACCUCACCUACUUUCUGUCUCAGGCUGGAAUGCCCAUGAAAUCUGUGUACAGUAAUGUGACCGAGCUGCUGCUUGCUGGUGUCGACACGAUCUCCAGCACAUUGUCGUGGUCACUAUACGAGCUGUCGCGGCAUCCAGAGAUCCAGAAUGCGCUGCGGGCUGAGGUCCUCAAUGUACUGCAGGGCCGUACCCUCCCAAAGGCAUCUGAUGUUGCUGCCAUGCCUCUUAUGAAGGCUGUCAUGAAGGAAAUCCUCAGGCUGUAUCCUGUAAUUCCAGGAAAUGCAAGAGUCAUCACAGACAAAGAUAUUAAAGUUGGAGGAUACCUUAUCCCUAGAAAUACUCUGAUCACGCUCUGCCACUAUGCAACAUCCCAUGACCCUAAACAUUUCCCUGAGCCGGAUGAUUUCAUCCCUCAGCGCUGGUUGAACCGCGGCGAGGCAAGCCACCCUUAUGCCGCUAUACCUUUUGGAGUGGGCAAACGCAGCUGUAUCGGUCGACGCAUUGCUGAACUGGAGGUCUACCUUGCACUUUCUAGGAUUUUAAUGCACUUCAAUGUGGAGCCUGCAGAAGAUAACAAUACAGUUCAUCCAAUGACCAGAACUCUGCUGGUUCCAGAAAGGGAGAUCAACCUUUGUUUCACUGAGCGCUGAGCUAAAGGUCAGAGUUGACCAGGACAGAACUGAUCGUCUCUGAUCCAGAGAGCCAGGAGAAUGCUGGGAGCCUCCAGCAGAAUGAAGGAAAGAAGGCCUGGGGCCAGAACUGGGCUGUGUAAAAAAGUUCCUGGGAGUCUGCCACUUCAUUCAUAUAUGAAAACCAACGCAAAAAUUGUGGCUGAAAACGUAUAUUUGGUUAUAUUGACGUAAUGCAUCCAAAGUUUAAAAGUGUGACCUUUAUUCAUUAUUCAUGCAAGUCCCAACAACAUAUCCAAGAAAGAGUGCAGGAUACAGCAUCUUUCAUUGGAUAAAGCUGUACAAAAUGUAUGUUUUUCCACUCCAUAUUUAUGAUUAACUGGACUACAUUAUUGUAUAAUGAUGUAUGUUUGUUGAAAUCUUGUUAUGAUGUUUUUUAACAACAGAUUACACAAAUAAGUCUAUUUAAUUGUGUAGCUCUUUAGUCUUUUGUUUAAAAAUGAAACAGACUGUACAUGUUGACGACAGUAGGUGUUUCUGAAUAAGCCUGCUUGGAUCUAGUGAAACAAACUGUGUUUUCUUAAGAUAAACGCACUGCAAUCUGACUAAAGAAAAAUAUGCACUUAGUGCCAAUUUGCGCUUUAAAACAACAAAGAGAUAAUAAAUCACAUCAAUAAAUCAGUUGUAACAUUUUCUUGUUGUUUAACUUACUCUAUUUUUAUUAAACUGACUCCAAUUUAAAAUGUUUUUUAACACUAUAUUGACAUACAGUUCGUUUUCAAUGGCAUAACAUCCGAAAUAAAGAAUUUCAGUUGAGACAGAAUGAUGAAGCCCGUAGUUUCUUUAUUUAACCUGAAGGACACACACAUAAGGCACGAUAUGUUAUCCAGGCACAUCUCUUCUCUCCGCCACGUGCAAUACUCUCACGAGAAGAGAAAGAGAACACCUAACCCCAUCAGCACACAGUGUGCUUCUGGGCAGAGCCUAUAG